CUUUUGGUGGCUUUGCAAUCAUAGGCACAUUAGUUGGCUCGAAUUCUGAUUGUGGAGACCACGAUUGGCGUUCGCAGCGCUGUCAUCCGGUUGUCAUUGUAACUUUGACCAGUGGUUCUGGUUCUUUUGCUUUGGUUUUGAGCCAACCUGAAAUUACAUAUCUGUUAAGAAUUUUUUUUUGUACGUAUGUUCGAAGCCCAGACGUGUUCGUAAGAAAUGAAUAUAGUCAAAGAAAGUUUCGCUUGUGGGUCAGUGUCUCGGAGAUUGUUUCUUCGGUCCACGCCUGCAGAAACUCAGCGAAGACUUGGCGGGAUAAAUGAGAAUGAUUUGAGCCCCGAUGUUGUACUAAGUACAAGUAACAGGAAGAAUUGCGCGAAAAAUUUGAGACUUUAUCGUCCUGCUCCGACAACGUCAGAAGAUGAGAUUAGUAAAGCAGCUGUUCUUGUACCGCUUUGCAUGUACAAAGGUGAACUUGGAUUCCUUUAUACUCUGAGAUCAACGAAGUUAAAUACUAACAAAGGGCAAGUUUCAUUUCCUGGAGGAAUGUACGAUAAAACUGACAAUAAUUUAGAGGAAACAGCUAUGAGAGAGACCUAUGAAGAACUUCGUAUUCCUAGAGAAAAAAUUGAUAUAUGGACAAGCGGAAACCCAAUGGGAAGAAACCGAGUUAGUGUACUUCCGGUACUUGCAUACCUUGGAGAAAUUGAACCAAAUGAACUCCAGCUUAACACCGACGAAGUGGAAGAAGCCUUCGUUCUUACUUUACACCAACUCUGUGAUCCAUCCAAUUGCCGUUUUACACAAUUUAGAGACAGUUAUACUUUACCAACAUAUUUGGCAGCCAAACACCGAGUAUGGGGCUUAACAGCUGCUAUAACUCACGUAAUAAUGAAGGCAUUAGUUCCAAACGUCUAUAAACACAAGUUGGCCUACGUACAACCCAUUCAUAAAACAAAGAGUUCUACGAAAUCUACGACACUAUCGGUUCCCUAAGUCGAGAUGAUUCUGUACAUACUUAUCGUCUUUUAUUGUAAUCUUGAAAAAACAUUAUUGAUAAAUAAACAUAUCGAUUUUCUGAUUA